CUCAAGGGUGGCCCGAGGGCGAAGGCGGGCCCGUCCCUCUGCAGGAGGAGGGGAACCUCGCAUCACGUGACGACAUCCCCCUGUCUGCAGGAGGACACGCCCGACCUAAAGGCUGGCCCGAGGGGCCGCUCCGCGCAGGGCCGCGCAGCCGCCGGCCGCCAUGCUCCCGCGGGGGGCGCCGUGGCGCGGGGCCCCCGCGGGCGGCGACGCCGAGGACGGCGGCGAGCAGAGCUCCUGCUGCGGCGACUGCGAGUCCGGCGAGCCGGUGAGGCGGCGCCGCCAAGUGGAGGCGACGCACGGCACGUCGGGGGUCUUCCGCCAAGGCAGAACCCGGGAGUCCGCAGAGGAGAGGCGGCUGAGGCGCAUCCUCGAGAAGGCCGCGGCGCACCGCUCCGUGGAGGAGAACAGGCGCCUCCACCGGGGGCAGGACUACGCCAAGAAGUGCAUCCUCCAGGCCACAGACGGGAUGCGGGUCAUGGAAAGCGCUGAGCUGCUCAUCGAGGAGGCUUGGCUCGGCCACGUCGACGCGAUCCCGGGCAACAUGUUCAGCAUAGGCGCUUUCGGAAGCCUCGAGAGCAUAAAGCAGGACGGGAAAAGAACGGCACCGCUCUCUCUCGAUGGCAUCAAGGUGCGCGCCCGAUUCAUCGGCUGCGUCGUCGUGGCGAUCGUCCAGGUGGUCGGACCACCCGCCGUGCUGAUGAGCAACCUCUGGGCGUGGGACGCGUUGGAGGACAGAGAUACCAACGCCGUGUACAGGUGGCGCAGGUGGAAUCACCACAACGCGCUCGCGGAUUGGCACGUCAGACCCGUGAAGAAGAUCCUCGGCAUUCUUCUGCUCUACAUAUUCGCCUGCAACGGUCUCUUCGUCGUCCUGCAGGAGAAGAAGACCUGGUUCCAGAUCUACAGCACCUUCAAGUACCUCAAGAACCACAACCCCGAGUUCAACAGCGGCGGCAAGGCGUUCCUCUACGCGGGUGCGAUCGUCAACUGCUGGGCCGUGUUGUUCAGCACGACUGCUUCGUAUGCCAUCGUUGGCGCAAGCACCUCUUUCAAGGAUCUGCUGUUCGACUCCCUCGGGCUGCUCUUCCUGUACAACCUGGACGACAUCGGCGGCAUGCUCGGAUUCGUCUACGAAGACGACUGGGAUGGCGUACGGCUGAGCUGGAUCUACAGCGAGAUGGUGAAGAAGGACUGGCGCCCAGAGGACGCGGACAGGCACGAUGGCGAGAUCAGCGACGUUUAUUCCGAGCCCGACGAGGUGGUAGCCGUGGACACGGAAGCCGCCGCGGGGGCCGCCGCGCGCGGGGAGGCGGCACGCCGGAUCGAUGAGGAUCCCGACUACGCUCCUUGCGUGAAGCGCUGUGGCCGGCGCAGCGCCAAGGGCUUCGACACCUGCUGCCGGGCCUGCGGCAGAGGCGAAGCGCCGCCCCACGACGAAGACUGCGGGAAGGAUAUCGAGGAGAUCAUGGCCCAGGACGAGGAGUUCGUGGGCGGGCCACACGCGCAGUGGGGCCCCGGAGGCUACAUCGUCAACGCGAUCUUCAACGUCACGCUGUGUGGGGUGCUGAUGUUCACCGUAUUCGCCCCAGUGAUGACGAUAGGAACACCGUUCACCAUCAUCGCGCCGGACUCAGACACCCUGUGAGCUGGGGGGCAGCGCCGUCUAUAGUCGGCCGUCUCGCCCGAGGCGGCAUGCUGGCGUGCAUCCCAUGAGAUGCCACGUUGAUGGCAGGGGAGGGGAAGGACGAGAGGAGUGCAGUGCGAGGGGGGCCGCGAGCAUGAUGGGCUUCCCGCCGCGCGGCCUGGUCCCGAGGCACACUUUUAAGUUGCCUCGCUUGCCAGCUACUGUCGUGAAGCUGCUUUCCCCCCCCCCUCCCCCGCCCCUCGCCCCCUUCCUCCCUCCCUCCUUGCCGUUGUGCUUCCUGCUGGAAGCCGAGGCCAGGCGUCAGCCCACGCUCGAAUAGCACAGCAAAUCCUGUCUCAAAGCGCGGGGUGGGGCGCGCGCGCCCCCCAAAGCGGGAUUGGCGCCGAGCGCGGCACCGCUCGUGGACGGUGGGCCCCCUCGUGACGGCGCAGAAAAAUUUAGAAAGAAGAAGAAG